UAAUUUAUAAAUACCACCAACCGACACAACAAAUUAGUAAACUUUGUCACGUAAAACAAAACGUGACAACCCGUUACUAGUGCAGCACACCCGGUGUGUGAGAGCGCAAACCCCACUAGGACAUCUACGAUUCCAGCUGCUUGUAUUACUUUCCUGUUCAGUAACACACAAGCAAAAAUCUAUCGAGGCGAGGUCCCGCCCACGUGGUGGGCCGGACCUCGCAUCGACAACGCAGCAGCUCAGGUACCAUGGAGACAGCCGUGGCCACGCUGAAGGGGGCCUCUUAGUGGCGUGCGGUGGCACGACAACAGCAGCCAGCAGCAGGAGCAGCUGCCGUGAGAAACGCUCGUGCGUUGUUGCAUUGCUCGAGUGUUUACAAUCGUGUAACUCACUGUAACAUAGCGGUACGUGUGGGGACGAGUUCUAACGAGGAAAGAAGAAGCGCUGUUUUAAAAUAAACUAAAUUGGAAGGAUGAAUCCACAAACGUAACACUUUAAAAGUAGGGCAAAAAAAAGAUAAAUUUGUGAAUUCUGGACAACAUUGAACGAACAUUCGCGAAUUGGCAAUUAGUGAAUCGAGCGAAUUAGACAUUUCACGAGGUAAACAAUAACAAGGAGAAGAUAUGCGACACAGGAUUCUGCUAUCGACAUCACCACCACCACCAGCAUCAUCGUCGUCGUCGACAUCACCGCCAACAUCGCCAGCGUCGGCUUGACAAUGGACGCGGCGUCCACGACGGACAAGCUGAUGGAGGCGGCCAAGAGCGGAGACCUCGCAACGCUGCAGACUCUGCUGCUGCUGCCCCCGGGAGGUGGACGAGCCCCGGGGCAGCAGCGGCAGCGGCAAGAAGAAGGGCAAGAGGGGCCCGACGAGGAGGGAGACCGCGAUGCGUGGGCCGACGGCCAUCACGGGGCCACGCCGGCACACUACGCGGCCCGCGCCGGCCGCCUGGGGGCCCUGCGCUACAUGGUGGAGGAGGGCGGCCUGCCCGGACACGCCAGGGCCCUCAACGGGGCCACGCCGGCACACGACGCCGCGGCCACGGGCCACUUGGCCUGCCUGCAGUGGCUGCUCACGAACGGCGGGUGCCGGCCAGAGGACAAGGACGCGUCGGGCGCCACCGUGCUGCACCUGGCCGCCCGUUUCGGACGGCGCUCCGUGGUGCAGUGGCUGUUGCUGCAGGGCGGCGGCGGCGGCGGCAGCGACCCGCUGGGCGUCACGGCGAGCGGCGCGCUGGCCGUGCACUACGCGGCGGCGCGCGGGGACCUGCCCACGCUCCAGCUGCUGCUCGCGAAAGCCCCGCAGACGCUGAACAGCCGCACGGGUGCGGGAGCGACGCCGCUCUACCUGGCGUGCCAGGAGGGCCACCUCGACUGUCUGCAGUACCUGGCGACGGAGUGCGGCGCCGAGACGAGCGCGCGGGCCAGCGACGGCAUGACGGCCAUGCACGCCGCCGCGCAGAUGGGACACGCCACGGUCAUCGUGUGGCUGGUGAGCUCCACGGCGCUGCGUCUGAGCGACACGGACGCCGACGGCGCCACGGCCAUGCACUUCGCGGCGAGCCGGGGCCACGGCACGGUGCUGAGCUGGCUGCUGCUGCACGGCGGGGAGCCGACGCGCGACGCCUGGGGCGGCACGCCGCUGCACGACGCCGCCGAGAACGGUCACCUGCAGUGCUGCCAGAUCCUGGUGGUGAACGGCGUGGAUCUGCGCGUGCGCGACAACGACGGCUGCUCCGCGGCCGACUUGGCAGAACACAACGGGCACGCGCGCUGCGCGAAAUACCUGCGCACCGUCGAGAACAUGAUCCCACAGCUGUUGCAAGGCCUACACGCAACCCUCAAGAGCCCAGAGAGCAGAAUCCUGGCGCGUGAAUAUUCGAUGGAAGGUCUGGCAACCACCGAUCCCGACCACCCGUCUGCCAAGUCUGCUGCUGCUGCGGCAGCGGCAGCAGCAGACUCGUCGACCUUCGACCCCGACGCCGGCACCGUUGCCGACCAAUCGGGAAGCAGGGUCGACGGGUCGGCGGUCCUGCGAUCGUACCUGGACCUCCUCGACCCCGACGAGAAGGUGGCGGUGUUGGCGAGCGACCGGCCGGACGGGGGCGAGGGGACGGCGCCUGCUCCGUCGCGAGGCGCCCGCGCGGAGCGCGUCAACCCCGUGGAGGUGCUGCAGAGGAGACGCAGCGAGCUGAGACCCGUGGUGACGCAGGAGUCGCUGGGCAGCGCCCCAGACAACGUGUCUGCGGAGGAGCUGUCGCAGGCUCGGCUCAGGAGGGUGGACUCGAGCCGCAAGACGCGCACCUUCGGGAAGCAGCCAAGCACCAGCGACUACUACAAGUCGUUCAGCACGGAGCGCGACGAGCCGCUCAACACCAGCGGCAGUCACAUGGAGCCGGAGCCGACGCCGGUGCUCAACGGAGAGGACCACUCGGGCGAGGCGGAGACGCCCGAUUCGGAGAUGCCGGAGCCGCCGUCGUCGCCGGUGCCGGACCUCCUCCCCGGCGAGGACGCGGAGGGCCCCCCGGCGCCGCCGCCCCCGCCGCCCGCGCCGCCCGCGCCUCCGCCCCCGCCGCCGCUGCCCCUCCCCGGCGAGCUGUCGCGGUACAGCGACGGCGACCACUCGCGGCCGCCCUCCGCCGCCUCCAGCAUCAAGUCGUUCAACAUGCUCUCACCCAAUGGGGACAACUCGGACCUGCUGGCGGAGAUCAAGGCGGGCAGGAGCCUGAAGCCCACGCACCCCAGCAAGAGCUGCACCACGGUGUUCAUCGGCUCCGCUCACCUGCAGAACCAGCGACCGACCAGCCCGGACUGCCAGCCGCAGAGCGGCGCCGGCACGGACGGCACCAACGGCGACGGCGGCCUCCCUCACGGCGCCGCGGGCGGCGGCGGCGGCGGCGGCGCAAGCGGCGCGGGCGACUCGCUGUCGCGCCUCGACUCGCUGUCGCGCCUCGACUCGCUCGACGUGGACUCGCUGGUGCCGCUGCAGGACGAGCAGGGCCGGCCGAUCCCCGAGUGGAAGCGGCAGGUGAUGGUGCGCAAGCUGCAGACGCGCCUGCAGCAAGAGGAGGAGCGGCGGCGCCAGUUUGAGCAGUACGGCUUUUUCCAGCCAGAGAGCUGGACCUAUUCCUCCAACCGCAACGCCAUGCUGGGCCCUUUUGGCGAGCUGCUCACCGAGAAGGACAUUGCGAGUCUGGAGAAGCAGAUCGAGAGCCUGCAGCUCCUGAAGAACGUGCAGGAGGUGGAGACCAAGCUGGUGGUGCUGGAGCAGGAAAUCCACCAGAUGAUACUGCCGCCCACCGUGGAGGUCGUGGACAGCCGCUUCGCGACGGGCGCCGACUCCGUGCGGGCGCUGCCCGGCUGGUGCAGCCGCGUGUCGGGCCUCCUACGAAGCAUGGCUUUCCUCGUCAGCAGCUUGGGCCACAAGGACAUCGCGGGCCCCAAAGUCGGGCCCGCCGCUGCCCCGCCUAUCGCGGAAGCACGGAGAGGUCUGGAGAACGGAGGGGCGCGCAGCAACGGCGCCGGCGGCGGCUUCGGCGGCGCUAAACGGCAGCGCGGCCCGGAUGACUGCGGCGGCGCCGGCGAUGGCGGCGUCGGGCAAGAGAGCCCGCGCAAUGAGCCGGGCCCCGUCGCUCUGGAGGAAGCACGCGCGAGCGAGGAAUGGAAGGCGAGCACGUCGGUGAUCCGGACGCAGUCGUUCGGCUCCACCAGGGAGGAGGUAGAGUGGGAGAUUCAGCAGUUCGGCGUCUCGGUCAAGAUGCUCAAGUCCAACUUCGAGCCCGGCGCCGUAAAGUCGGCGCCGGUCGCGUGCAACGGCCAGGGUGGCGGCGGCUGCGGAGGAGGAGAAGAAGGCAGACGUGUGGAAGCGACACCCGGCGAGGCGGCUCAGCCAUCCGGGGCAGAGGAUCCGCCGCGGGCGCCGCUGCUGCCGGUGAAGAGCGUGGACGAUGACGCGUGCCGCCUGGAGCUGGGCGGGGAGCCGCCCGCGGUGGCGCUGCCGUCACCGUCGUCGGAGGGCGGCGUCACGACCGCCAUGACGGAGGCGACGGUGCGCGAGUCGGUGGAGACGCGAAAGGUGCGCACGGUGCUGCUCUUCCUGGGCCACUGGAAGAAGGCCGUGUACUCGAUGUCGUUCGGAGUGAAGGGCGACAGGCAGGGGGGGGGCUCCGGCACGGCCUCCUCCUCCGGCACCGUCGUCGCAGCAGGCGACGCGUCGGCUUACGCGGAGCUGGACGCUGCGGUCGCGGCGUCGGCGAUGACGGGCGAGGCGGAGCGCGAGCGCACAGAGGACGAGCGCCUCCUCUACUUCAUGAAGCAGCGGCAGGUGGUGAACAAGCUCAUCGGGCACUGGCGCCUCAUCAUCGCCCGCGUGCCCUCGCGCCAGAUCCGCCACCUGAGCCGCGCGCCGGCCGCCUACUCCCCCGAGCAGUUCCUGCCGCACGUCAACGGGCGGCCGCCCGCCUACGACUCGCUGACCCUCGACCUCUUCAUGCUCGGCUACUUCCAGCUGCUGGAGAUGCCGAUGCCGCGCGCGGAGCGCCGCGCCCGCCACCUCCUCUGCUUCGAGAUGUUCGACCGCCUCGCGAGCCACCCGUGGGAGACAAUCCGGGACUUCCACCGCGCCGUCGUCGCGGAGGUGUCGGGCGGGUGCCGCGACUGGCGCGACGGCUUCGAGGACGUGAAGCGGCGCUUUUUCGGCGACGUGGCUCGCCGGGCGUCGGCCGCGUCGAGCGGCGCCGACGCCGGGUCCGGUCGCGACCGCGGCGACCCGGCGGCCGCCGGCGCCAACGCCGUGAACUGGGACUCGCGGCGGGCGUCCGAAGUGAGCCUGCCGAGCUACUGCGGCAACACGCCAACCGAGGAGCAGGGCGGCCGCUGCGGCGCGCGCCGGCGCUCCGACUCGGUGCAGGUGAUCUCGGAGCUGGGAGAGUUCAGCAACGAUGAGAUCUGCCGCUACAUCGACCGCAGCUUCUCCUUCUGGAAGGAGAAGGAGGCCGAGCUGUUCGACCUGUAGCGCGCGCACGCCCCCCCGUGUCGCGUCGCGUGCCGUGUCCCUUUCGUGCCCCGCGAGUCGUGACGCGCACACGCGUUUGUGUCACGCCGCAGCAUGUAAACCGCUGUUGCGUAUUUAUUUUGGUGACUUGGCGAUGUUGAUGCCGAUUUGUGUUGGGUUUUUUUUGCUACUACCUAGGAAAGCCUCGCUGGACCAAAGGUAUUUUUUUCUCAGGAGGGUCCUGCACUAGGAUGUUUGGCCAGCUCGAUUAAUGAGUAUUUUGUAUUGGGGGGGGGGGGGGUCAGAAAUACAUUACAGCAGCAUCUUGUUGCGUUGUUGUACUGCCCUCUGUUGCCCAGACCGUAGCCCCACAGCAGCCACCCAAACAUGGUGCAGAUCAAGACUUGGCUCCCCAGAGGCUAAGAGAUCAGGCACAUUCGGGGUGAUGUAAUAAUUUUUUUGCGUUCUUCAUUUACCAUCUUAUUUGCUUCGUGGGGGGUUUAUUUGUUUAACAAUAAUGAGACUAAAGCUCGGCGAGUCGGGUGAAGAGUCUAUUCCCAUCAUUGGCUAAGUUAUUUUUGUAUGUCAGCAUGUUUUAUUUCCUCUUGGGUAGGUGGGCAAAGGACACAAGGGGUGUCUGACACCCUGGGCCAGCACAAGCACCUCUAGUUUUAGUUUAUUAUUUAAUAAUUUCAAAUUAAAACUAGAAUCAAAUGAAUAGAAGAAGUCUGAGAGGAUAUCCACCGAAGAGAUGGAGGGAUUAAAUCGCCUCUGCUUCAGGAGCUUGCUGGAUUAUUAUUUAUCAGAGCGGAGGGUUGCGAAAAAUGCUGGCAACUUGGGGGAAGUCUUCAUCUGGUCGUGGAGUGACCGUGACUCAUGGUUUCUACAACACGAAUACAUAAAUAAAUGCUAACAUGUGAAAUUGAUCUCAAGAAACAGCGGUCACGGUUGAAGCAAUGUCGAGCGUCACACACGAGGCCUUUCUUAGGCCUCGCCAACCCAGGAUUCGCCUUCUGUUAACAUCGUUUAUUCCUUUAUGAUAUUGCCAUUACCUUGAUGCUGUUUAGUAAGAGGAAUUUAAAAUGCAUUUAAAAUGCCUCUUACUAUUUCAAAUGCCUCUCUGAAAAUGCCUCUGCCCUAUGAGUCUUUUAUUGCUGAGGCCUAUUGCAGGCUUCGUUGAGAUGCUACGUGGAGGAUUUUUGACACUGAAAAGUGGCGUCGUAUGAAAGGGUUUCUUUGGUCAUUAAAAAUACAUACAUUUUAGAAAUAUUUCUCCCACAAUUGCACAAAUGACACUAUGUAACACAAUUUUUGCUCCUGGGUAGUGUUAUUUCAUAAUUUUUCAUGCCUAGAAAGUUUAGAAAAUCGCUAUUAUUCCUCACAAACUUUGCUUUUGUGACCAGGACAGUGAUAUUUUGAAAUUGACCUAUUUUCAUUGAGAAAACAGGUGAAUUUGUAUCUUUUCAUUCACAUAAAGUCAGAAAAAUAUAUAUGAAUCAAAAUUAACAUAUAUUUAUACUACAGUAAUACAAAAAUAACUACAAUAGAUUUA